AUGUCUGCACCAUCAGGAGCCCUCACAGCAUCGGCUGUGUCUUUUGUCCUACUUUCCAUUGGCCACACUAUCGGCGGCAAAGAAUGGACAUCCGACAAAGUCUUCAAAAAUAUCAAGGGCAGCCGAGCCUGGGCCUGUGGAAAGGUUGGCUGGUAUCAGGGGAGCGCAUUCUUCUUCCUCUCCGCAAUCCUGCACUACCAGUGGUCCCGCGACCCGUCUGCCCUGCAGGACCCGCUGAACAAGGCCAUGGCUGGCAUCAUUAAUGUCCUGCUGUGGUCCAGCUCGGCCUGGUAUGUUAAGAAUGGGAUCUUUCCUAACGUUAUUGCUUGUGGGUUGGCGGCUUCGUUGCAGGCCUUUGGCGUGUUGAAGGAGGUGCUUUGA